CUCCAGCCCGCACUACCCAUGACUACAAGCUCCUCCUCCUCCUCUGCUCUCCCCCUCGAGACCAAGCGCCUUCACUACCUUGCGCUCCACCCCAUCCUCGGCUACCAGCCCAUCGAUCUCAACAUCCCCGUCUACUACUCAGCCGAAGAAGCCGCUGCCUCCUUCCCCCGCAAGCCUUCUACCAAGCAGCAGUUCAAGGUCGACUCAGGCGCCUGGAGAGCAACCGUGUGGAUACUGGGGAUGAACAUCGCGUCGAGCAUGAUAGUAGGGGCGAUGGGGAUGGCAGCAAGCUUUUGUCAGUAGGGGGAGGCGAGAGAGGACAUAAAAAAAGCGCCUGCCUGAGGUAGGGGAGUGCAGGCGGAUGUAAAUAGAGGGAGAUGGGAAUGUGGUAUGAAGCGUUGUGAAUAAAAUCAAGUCAAGGUCAA